AUUUUCCUGCCCCCCCCAUCCCAGGUGUCCCUGAGUCAGCUGAUUCUUCUUGUAUAGUUGUUUUGGUUCCAGCUUCACAAGCACAAUAUGACUAGUACCUAUAGUAACCCUAAAAGUCUUGGUGUCUGUUUCUCAGAAAAGAAUGUGAAGAAGAAGCACCCAAAUUAGUAAGUCAUGAAGGAGGAGGACCUAGAUGGUUAGUCUGCAGGUGAGGGGAGGUGAACGUGCAAGUUCCUAGCAUCUUUCAUACUAGAGUUCUUUACCCCUUUGGUUCAAUCACUCUCAUAAAUCAGUUGCACUUGGUUUGGUUUUAUCUUGCAGGUAACCAAUGAAAUUACACCCGUCCUGGCUUACUCCUACAUGGCAGUAUUGGUGCCCAUCUUUCUACUCACAGACUAUCUGCGAUACAAGCCAAUGCUGGUGCUGCAGAGCUUGAGCCACAUUGCCAUCUGGUUGCUGCUGAUCUUUGGUACCAGCAUCAUUGCCAUGCAGUUCAUGGAGUUCUUCUAUGGCAUCACGAUGGCUGCUCGGAUAGCCUACUCCUCCUAUAUCUUCACCCUGGUCACCCCUUCGCGCUACCAGCGCAUGGCCAGUUAUUCCCGGUCUUCGGUGCUGAUGGGCGUCUUCACCAGUUCCGUACUGGGACAACUCUGUGUCACAGUUGGAGGCACCACCUUCAUGACAGUGAAUUAUAUCUCGCUCGGCUUCAUGUGCUUUGGGCUGGUCUUGACCCUCUUCCUGAAACGCCCAAAACGCAGCCUCCUCUUCAACAGGAGCAAGACCAGGUGCAAUGGUACCUCACCCUCAGAGCUGGACAAAAUGAACCCUGGGGCAGGGGAGCCCAUGUGGCAUAAGGCCUCUUCCUGGAAAAAUCUGAUCUUAUUCCAGAUGGUAGAAGAAUUGGGGUCUCUUGUACAAAUGCCCCAGCUGAGACUUUGGUCCCUCUGGUGGAUAUUCAAUUCUGCUGGCUAUUAUCUGAUGCUUUACUAUGUGCAUAUUUUAUGGAAUGAAAUAUACCCCACCAGGGACAACAGAAAGGUCUACAAUGGUGGAGUGGAAGCUGUUUCUACCCUGCUUGGUGCCAUCACUGCUUUUGCUGCUGGCUUUGUGAAGAUCCGAUGGGCCUUCUGGUCAAAACUGGUGAUUGGGGUUGUGACAGCAGUCCAAGCAGGCCUACUUUUGCUGAUGAACACAACUGCCAAUAUUUGGCUGUGCUAUGUGGCCUACAUCCUUUUCAGGGGCUCCUAUCAGUUUCUUGUGCCUAUAGCUAUAUUCCAGAUUGCAUCUUCGCUCUCCAAAGAACUCUGCGCUCUGGUGUUUGGUGUCAAUACUUUCCUUGCCACAGUUCUGAAGACCAUCAUCACUAUCAUCAUAACUGAUAAGAGGGGUCUGGCUCUCUCAGUCCAUCCUCAGUUCUAUGUUUACUUUGGCUACUUCACCGUUCUGACUGGGGCAUAUCUUUUGUCAUUUGUCUACGGGACUGCAAGGCACAGUGCAUGUAAGACACCCCAAGAGGCCACACCAGCCAAGGAACUCUGCAGCCCAGUUGAGGAAAAUGUGGACAAGGAAAGAAGCCCAGAACUGGCUAGCUCCAAAGCCUGAGAACUGUCCCAGUCUUGGUACAUAUCUGGAGAGGAUUUGCCUGCCGUGUCCCAUCUGAGAUGAGACAUGGCAAUCAUGGCAGUCAGCACUUAUCGUGGCAAUCAGUGCUUAUCAAAGUCCAUGCACCGCUAUUUUCACAAUAUCAGUACUCUGCAGAAGCCCAGAGGAAAGAGCUUGCUUGAUUUAAGAUGCAACUUGUGUGCAGGUAACAUUUCUGGCAGCCACAGUUCUCCCUCUUCCUUCUGCAGGCACCUUCUUCUUGAGCCAAGUUGUACCAGAGCAAUAUUUGCCAAUGUUAUAAUUGAGGACCUAAUUAUAUGAUUGUAUGAAUUUGCUUUUAAAUCUUUGUGUUCCUAGUCCUAUCAUGUAAACUUGCCAAAAGACAGAGCAAGCUAGACUAAGGCACUUUUAAUGUUGAUACUGUUAAUAUGCUGUGAUGUGACUCUUAAUAACUCAAAAAACAUUUCUGUUUUCCCUUUAUAAGAAAACAGAGAUCCUUUUCACAUUUGACUCCUGGUACUUCUAAUCUGCCAUACUCAGAAAGCAUACUGUAAACAAUGAAACUGCCAGACAAAAAAAAUAUGCCCUCAAAUUCAUGAGGAAUACUGACUGGCAGACACAGGACCAAAGUGAGCUUGACAAUCCAGUCUACUCCAUUAAAAACCAAGAGUUUGCAUUUUGAUUAAUGCUCAUGCUCCUCUCCCACAAAGACCAAGCAUUUCUUUUUAAGCCACUUUUUUAUGGAGCUGACUCACAUGAUCCCUACAGGAGCCUACUGGGAGAAGCAGGAUUUGAAAGGAAAGUAGGUCAGGACUUACGUAGAGAAUCUUCAAGCAGCAACCUGUAUGCAUUUCUAAGCGUGUCCAAUAUGUGUGCAGUUUUAUUUACAAUGAAUUUUUUUUUAAAAAGGUACAGUAAGCCUUGUGGCUUGGUAGUCAGACCUUUCGACACUGACACCCUGGGUUUGCCCCAGAUUCUGAUAAUUCAGGGGUGCUUCACAGAUACCCAGAAGCAUCUGUUACUACUUCAUAUGCUCCAGGACAAGGCCAAGCUAGGCUAAGCUUUCAGUAAAGAUCCACAAAGCACAGCCAGCAUUAGAGGAGGAUACUUUCCUUUAUUCAGUGCCUUUAGAAAACAGUUUAUAAUACACAACACGCAACUGACGAAGAUAUAGAGAUCCACAGGCUUUUAAAACUGCAUUAAAUUUUCACAAAAUACAGUAGACAGUAAGAAAACUGACUGUAUGACUUGCACAAAUUUUCCCCACCGCGGUAGCAACAUUUUCUUAGGACGGUAAAAACAAAGCUAAGUAGGAAUUUAGCACCUUGGUUUUUAAAAACCAACUCAAAUGAAUGGGUAUGGAGCAAGCAUCAGCCUGGCCGAGGUUCUGGGCACCAAGAUGCAAGACAGGUGAUGUAGAUCAGACACUCCAUAGCAGUUAAGCCUACCCACAGAGGAAAGGCCCCAAGUUGCUUUGCUAUGACUCGCUCUUAUGAUGGCUUUUAAAAAGGCUCCAGGGUCAGGACUCCAAGCUGUGCUUUUAUAGGGGAGCAAAGCAGACACAACCCCCGUCUACUCCAGUGGUCUCCACACCUUAAAAUAUCCUUGUGCUUUAAUGCUUUGGAAUGCAUAGGCGUGGUUCCUACCCAUAAUCAGGAACAGGGGAAGACACAAUUAUUGAUUGGAUGGGUGGGUUUCUUUUAACUUUGGUUUGAAAGAAGUGGCUAACAGCACUUAACCUGAUGUUCAUUGGCACAGGGGUUUGCCAGGUUUUGAGUGAACUUGACCUGAUGUGUUGAAGGUAGCUCCUUGUGGGUGCAUUUGGUUUUCUUGUCUACUGUUACCUGGCCGCUGCUUUCUAAAGCCAGGGACCGUUUACAUUAUGCACUCCCUGGUAACUGAGGUUGGAACCUGGCUGGGAUGGUGUGCAUGGAACAGGCUCUCUCUCCAAGCAGUGGCUGCUAUCAGCAGGUCAAGGGGAGAGGACUGGCAGGGCUUUGAUAACUAAUGGGAGCUCUAGGGAUCCCCAGGUUUUGCUGUAACCCAGUUUCUGUGGCAAAUGCCUGGGUGAGGUAAAGAAUGGCAACUUCCCUGCAAAGCAGAGAAGAAAAAUCUUUUAAACAACAACGAAUCCUCAAUAAAAGAAAAAAUAGAGAUUCUUUUUGUGGUAACUGUGCUCCAUUUGUGCUUCCCUCCAGACCCCUAAGGAAAAUUCCACACCUAAAUCACCUUUAAGGCGAUUGUAACACUUCUGUCACUUUUAAGAACAAGAAAUGGGCAAUUAAGGGACAUGGGAAGAAUGGUGCUGAAUGAUUGCUAGUGUUAUUCAUCUCUCUCUUCUGGCCCUGUUUCUGCAGAGGAUGUUGCAAACUCUGCAGCAGGAAUUGUAACUAGCCUUUGAAGGGAGCAGUAUUACUUCCUUCUGUGUCUGAAAUAAAAAAAGCAAAAGCAGUUGAGCCAGCUGGCAAGGCCAGCAGAAUGGCAAUGGCAAGUUGUUUGAAAUAGGAAGUUUUUGAUGCUGUGCAGGGCACAUGCCGAAAAGCCUGCCCGGGGCCUAUAAGAUGAUUUUGGUGAUGAACGUUUCAGCAAGAUCAAAUACGUUUCCUUUAGCUCCAUGCCCCUAAUAGAAGAGCAGAUGGUACCAUGUGUGCCUAGUGACUGGGAUUUAAAACGCCGAGGACAUGCUCACAAUAAGGGCUUCCAAAGAUAGCACUUCCCUGUUUGGGGAAGCCAUCUUGUACUAAGUCAAUAAAAAUAAAUAGAUCUUCUGACAUCCCA